CCUUACCGGAUAAUCCCCUAUCGCAGAAAUAGCAGGUUCACUGGGCGCGAAGAUCUCCUUGAGUCGAUAAAGAGAAUAUGCAGCCAUAACGAUCAUACCCGGAUCGCACUUCAUGGGCUCGGCGGUUCUGGGUAUGCGUUCAUUAUCGUUACUGUUAUUUCGGGGGAUUACUAACAUUGUUUAGAAAAACUCAGAUUGCCCUGGAGUAUGCCUAUCAACGUGCAAGCGAGGUCGAUUGUCAUGUUUUCUGGGUGCAGGGGAGUGGGGUAUUGAAAUUUAUUGAGGGUUUCAGAGCGAUUGCACAACAUGUUCGAAUUCCACUAGUCAGUGCUGAGAUGGAGCAAGAGGAAUUACUAUCUAGUAUAAAGAGGUGGUUUGAAGGUCCAGAUGGUGGUGAUUGGAUACUAGUUAUCGACAAUGCCGACAACGAGGAGGACUUUAUUGGCAACAGUGGUUCUAUCUCCAAAUUUGUACCACAAGGCCAAAGGGGUACUCUUAUAAUCACCACCAGAUCAUUACGAGUUGUAUCGUGGCAGGAUUGCGAAAGGGUUGGUGUUGGGGAAAUGGGGGAGGAUGAAUCCACGGCAUUGUUUUCGAAACGCUAUGGUAACGGGAACAGAUUAGGAGAGGAAGAGAAGGAGGCCAUCGCAUUGAUCUUGGGCUCCCUGCACCGCAUCCCGCUGGCAAUUGUAGGAGCGGCAGCCUUCAUGACAGAAACCCAGACAUCGCCCUCUGAAUACUGGAACAUUUUCCGGGGAAGCGACGAACAAGCAAAGAGACUCCUUUUGCAGCCGUUUUGUGACAUACAACGAGAGGCGGACAUGACCGAAAGUAUCCUAGCCACGUACUUUAUCACCUUUGACCGAAUCACACGGCAGAUGCCCCUAGCGGUGGAGCUUCUACGUUUGAUUGCCUUCCUCGAUCGUCAGAACAUUCCUGAGGAGCUAUUGAAUCAAAGUGGUUUAGGAGGGGCGGAUGAUCCAAUCGAGUUUCGUCAGGCCAUUGGAAAACUUUUGGGAUUUUCACUAGUUACGACUGUCAAAACUCAUAACAAGACGUUUUACGAACUUCAUCGUUUGGUCCAACUGUCUUUGCAAGUGUACUUACCAACAGAGGAGUUGAAUCGAUGGAGGGCCACUGCGCUCGGAGUUGUUUCAAGGCACUUUCCUUGCCAUUGGAACACGUGGAGAGACGUUAGUUCUGCAUACAUGCCACAUGCGCUUGCUGUGACCAAAGAUUCAACGGAUCCUAUCGCCGAAGAGCUUUGUUUUCGCCUGGGACGGUACUUGAUGGAUAUGG